AAUGAAACCUCGUGGAUAUUGAGAAAUAAAACAGAAUCACUUUUCUCUUUAUGCAUUUCUUUGUCUUUUUGCCUUUUUUUUUUUUUGGGGUGUGUGUGUGUGCGCACGGUGGAAAAGAGUGAAAGAAGCAGCACUUAUUUUUACACAAGGACUGUAUUUACAUACCUGAAGUUAACUGAAUUAAUCCUGGCAUCCAAGAUGGAUCUCAAGUGUGCUCUGGAAGAAUGUUCAAUGGCACUGAACUUAUUUCUAAACAAUAAGUUCUCUGAAGCGCUGGAACUACUUCGUCCAUGGUCCAAAGAUAGUAUGUACCAUGCACUUGGAUACAGCACUAUUUUAGUUAUGCAAGCUGCAAUGACCUUUGAACAGCAGGAUAUACAAUUGGGGAUUUCUACAAUGAAGGAUGCUUUGCAAACCUGCCAAAGAUUCAGGAAAAGAAGCACAGUGGUGGAAUCCUUGUCCAAUCUAGUUUCUAAACAGACAGUGGAUCAGUUGACUGAAGAGGAAAUGCAUGCUGAAAUCUGCUAUGCUGAGUGCUUAUUACAGAAAGCCGCUCUCACCUUCGUACAGGAUGAAAAUAUGAUCAACUUUAUCAAAGGUGGCCUGAAAAUUAGGACAAGUUAUCAAAUAUACAAGGAAUGUCAUCAGGUGCUACAGACGACUCAGGGGAACAAAAGCAAAAAUGAAACGUACUACCAGUUUGAAGGAGGAGUGAAACUUGGAAUUGGAGCAUUCAACUUGAUGCUGUCACUUUUACCAGGAAGGAUCCUCCGACUUCUAGAAUUUAUUGGAUUUUCUGGCAAUAGGGAGUUGGGCCUCUGCCAACUACGGGAAGGCGCAUCUGGCAGCAGUUUGAGGGCCAUUCUGUGUACUUUCACCCUGUUGGUUUAUCAUACUUACGUCUCCUUAAUCCUUGGUACAGGGGAAGCCAACCUUCAGGAAGCAGACAGUCUCCUCGAACCCUACCUCCUGAAAUUUCCAAAUGGUUCCAUUAUUCUGUUUUAUGCUGCCAGAAUAGAUAUACUGAAAGGAAAUUUUGAAAAGGCACAGUUGAGGUUCCAAGACUGCAUAGCAGCCCAGCAAGAGUGGAAACAGAUUCAUCAUCUCUGUUACUGGGAACUGAUGUGGUGCUACACCUUCCAGCAGGACUGGCUUCGGGCAUAUCGGUAUGCAGACCUGCUCAGCAAAGAGAGCAGGUGGUCUAAGGCAAUAUAUGUAUUCCAGAAGGCAGCAAUUCUGUGUAUGCUUCCAGAGGAUGAUUUGAAGAAGACUGGUGAGGACAUAGUGUCUUUAUUCAGACAAGUGGAUGGUCUAAAACAGAGAAUUGCAGGAAAAUCUAUCCCGACUGAGAAGUUUGCAGUUAGGAAAGCUCGACGCUAUGCAUGUCCUCAACCAGUGAAGCUGAUAUUACCUGCCUUGGAAAUGAUGUAUGUCUGGAAUGGAUUUGCAAUUGUGGGCAAAAGAGCAGACCUUACUGAAAACUUACUGGUAACAAUUGAGAAAGAAGAAGCUGCUCUACAAAAUGAAACUAAUCACAAUGAAUACUAUGUGGAUGAUGUGUGCAUGUUGCAGCUGCUGAAAGGCCUCUGUCUGAAACACUUGGGAAGACUCAUGCAAGCUGAAUUAUGUUUCAGUAAAGUAAUUCAAAGUGAGAAGCAAAUAAAAUAUGAUAGCUACUUGGUGCCAUUCACGCUGUAUGAAUUGGGUCUUCUGUACAAACAGCAGGAUGAGACAGAAAAAGCAAUAAGAUACAUAGAAACUGCAAAAAACAACUACAAGGAAUACUCUAUGGAGUCCAGGUUGCACUUCAGAAUUCAUGCAGCACUUGACAGCUUGAAGGUGUCGCCUGCUUCAACACCUUGAAUGAGAAGGGAUGCUUUUCAUGCAUACAAUAGAUAGCCUACACAAUCUUUUUUUAAUCAUAGAGAAGAACAUAAUGAUUGUUUUCUGUCACUUCUGAUUUGAUGUUAUUCUUUUAGACUUUUCUGUAUGGCGCCUAUACUGUAUCUACAUGCUGUUAAAGAAGACCUUAUAUUUUGUUGAUAAAAAUAAUUUAAUAUUUGACUUGAAUGAAAGGGGGAUAUUUUUAAAAAAAAAAGGUGAUGGUGCAAUAAAGUUUAAUGAAAAUACUUUAUUUUUUUUAUAUAAGAACAGAUGCAGGUUAUGCAGUGAAACUGGUGAUAAUUUCUGCAUUUUUUGAAAGUUUUAUUUUCUGCAGUGCACUUGAGACUUUUUUCUCCUCUGGAACAAAAAUGCAAUGUCUGCAGAUAACCUUACUCACAUUUUUUUGCAUACUAUAUUCUGAAAUUUGUGUUCCAGAGGAAAGAAUUAGUAAUUUUUGACUUAAUUUUAUUUUGGGAACAAAAUUAAACUGUGUGAAGUGCAAUAUUUUUACUCUGUCAGAUGAAGCUAAGCAGGGCUACAGUUAUAAUGUCUUCGCAGGUCUGUUUCAUUCAAAAGAAACAUAUAUUAGGAGAUAUUUUUCACUUGUAGAAAAGCAGAGCUAUAAAGGAUGUUAUGUCCUUGUUCUCAAGUAGUCUUAAGUUGAUCCUGACAGAUUUAUUUCACCUGUUUAACAAAAAACAAAAAGCACUGAGAACAGUCAUUUUGAAACUUACACAGGAGGUCUUUCCCAGUGAGAAAAGACUGGGAAAUUUUGCCUGAUGUCCACCCCAAAUAGUUCUUGACACAACUGAAACUGAUUGUUUCCCAUCUUCCCUGUCAUGGAUCUGGAGAAAGGAUUGUUCUUUCCAUUUUUAAAGCAAUCGUUUAUUGGUGGAUUUAUGUAUUUUCCUAAUAACAAGUUAGAAUUCAUACUAACAGAAGUUGAUUGUGCAUCAAGAAGUGAAUCCACUUUUAAUCUUGCUGUUAAGAAAAUGUGCGUAUUCUAGUCUAAUUUCUACCAAAAAUGUGCAGUAAAAUUGAGAUACUUAUAAGUGCAUUUUUCCUUUCAUGCUUCUAUGCAAACAGCAGUAUGAAAUUGAAUUUCCCAUUCAUUUAGAUAUGCAGAUUCUAGCUGUCUGUUCCUAAAAAUAAAAAUAUAUAUCUUUUUUAUUUAAGUACACACCAAAUAACUCUUCUUUCACUAGCUGUUGCAAAACUUGCCAUUUCCAUAUUUUAUCCAUGUUUGGUAUGUUUACUUCUGCACAGUAAAUUCAUAGUACCUGUGCUCAUGUAUGUGAUUCGCUGCCCUUAACUACCACCUAAACAAAAUCAGGACGAAAGAAAUAGGUGAAGAAUGUGUCCUCAGUAAAUGAGUAACUGAAGUUUCUAAUUAAACAUUCAAUAUGAUUUGUAGAAGUUCUUCUCAGGUUACUGAGAACGCAGCUUUCUUCUAUGACUUAUAAAUAAUGGGGUCAUUUAAUUGCUUAUAAUUCUGUAACAGAGUGGUAUAUUUACAGGAGAAGUAAGAGUUUAAAAAUAUUAGCUAAAUAAACAUAAUGAGUCUUUCAAAAUGGAAACCUGAUCCAAAGUAUUUCUUUGUUGGUUGGAAUUUGUGCCUAUUGUAAAUGUGUAACUUCAGUUAUUAUGUAAAAUUAUACACAUGUGAAUUUGAAACUUAAAUACCCAAGACACUGAAUUAGUGAUAAAGUAUGCAUGUUUAUUUUCAAAUAUAUUCAGUUGACUGUAGCUAAACCUCAAAACAGAGAUUAGCUGUCAAAUGACUUCUCUAAAGAUUUACCCAUUUAUAUAUAUCUGAUUGUAGUGAGCAUAAACUCAUGUAUUUUCAGAAAAUACUUUGAUGCAUCUGUGGGCAUUAUAUGUUCAGUUUAGGAUUAUUUUAGUUUAAUCUGAUUAUUAGAUUGGGGUCUGAUUUAUUUUUCUGUAGAAGGUGGUGGGAACAAUUACCAGUAAAACUUCUGUAAUUUGUGUUGCAAACAGUACUUCAUUUCAGGAGAGUUGUAACUGGGACUACAGACUCUCAGGGCGGAGCAUGAUGUAGUCUCUGAUCUCUUGUUUUUGUGGGGAGUGUCUUACAGCUAAUAUUUUAGGGGUGAUUUGAGAUAGAAAUCAAAACUAACAAAAAAUGAACAGUGAUCUCCCUUAGAAACUGAUUUUUUCAAAAUUUAGUACAAAGCUUCAAGAAGCAGUGUACUUUUUCCAUGGGUGAUGUUACUGACUGAAGAGACACGCUUAUCCACAAAAAUUUCCAGUACCCUCUGUAGUGUUUUGAGCACCCAAUAUGAAGUGCUAUUUAGAGCUUGCCUCCUUUCUGUGCUGCUGUUCCAGGCUUGGCUAGAAAGAUUGACUGAUCAGAUUUGUUACUUUAGGCUUUAUUCUGAAUGGCUUUUUUCCAAGUUGUUAACAGUGGACAUACAAAUGUGUGAGAGUGAUUUGUUACCCUUCAGUUAAGGUGGGUCUCCACAGAGCUGCAAGAGAUGCUUAGUUUUCCAAAUGCUGCAGAAAAGUGCAUGUCUCCUUGACACAAUGCAUCUGUGAUGCAGUAUUAUUUAGGACAUUAUGCCCGAGUUAAGUGAUUCCUGUCUAAGAGUUCAUACAAAGGAUCUGUGGCUUUUUGAACUUUUUUUUUUUUUUAAUCUGCUAUAUUCUGUACUGGGCCUUAAAUACAGCUCUGAUUUAGUCUUAACUGCUGUUUGUAAUAUUCACCACACACGCUCGUCCUCCAUGGGAAUUUUGACUAUUGUGCUGAGACUUAACUAAGCAAAGCUGAUAAUUUACCUAUGAUGCUAUAGCCUCUCUUGAUAAUAGUAGGAAUUAUAAUAUAUACAAGAGCAAAUUUAACUUUUUAGUUUAAGCAAGAAAGGCUGAGCUUACAGUUACAUUAUGACAAAAUGUUGCUUAUAGUUCUUUCCAAUAAUAGAUUUUUUUUAAGGUAAGCAAUAAUAAAUUGGCCUGCUUAUAGGACAAAGCUUCUCUUUGAUUAAGAAUUGCCUACUUAGAAACUAUUACAAAAACCUUCAUGUCUGUGCAUAUCAAUCAAAUAUUAAUCUGUUGACAUCAUUGUACUACAGUUUGUAAGUCUUUAUUCAUCAGAAUAAAGAAUGAAUUUCUGUUUUUAAAAAAAAUUGAAAGCAAAUAUAUGUUAAAAGAAAGCUGGUGCAAGAUUGUUAUAUAUCUGUUCUAAUACACAUGGGGUAGCAGCUGUAUGUAGCACUUUAUGGCCAUAGAAAUGUAUAACAAUCAGAUCUUUUUGUGUUUCUAAAACACCUUGCAAUGUAAUGUGUAAAACAAGUAAUUUCUUGUGACAAAUUCCACUUAGACUUUGCGGUUAUUUUAUUACUAAUCCUAAUGUCUCAUGUCUUUUGUUUCUGUAUAUUCUUACACUGCCUAGUGCAACAAAGAAUGUUUGUAUUU